CAUCUUGACGGAAGUCGGUCGACUACGAAUAUUUGCUCUGGAUACACUGCGUCUUACUUUUUUAUUUUUUCCUUGUUUUGUAGCUGGCCUCUGAUUUCCAAUCCCGCUCGUCUCGAAACGGUCGGCGAGGGACUCCGUGGAAGGGACUAAUUGGACGACGGACCGAGGGCCCGCUGAUACCUAACCAACUAAUAGCUGCCCACUGGCUCUCGACGCAACCAUGGGCAUCGGGAGCAAAAAGAGAUCUGCGCCGCCGCCGCUGCCCGCGCCCACCGAAACCAAUUCGACAAUUAUGACCGGCGCCCCAAGCGACUACGUUGCAAGCGACUACGCUCUCAGCGACUUGGGGACCGAUGUGUCCAAACCCGGAGACGACAAGUCCACCUACUCGCUUCCCGACGACGGAACCCCCGUCACCAUCAGGACGGGGCAUCGGCAAAGCAAAUCGCAGACCUCCCUGCUGAUCGAAUACUUCGAAGGUGGCAAGACGAGCAGUGUAUCUGGCACAAGCUCGAGGAAACCGAGCGUCCGCGUCCGCGUAAGACCGAGCAGCAAGCACCGGUCCAGGGGCGGAUCGGAUCGGGAUCGCAUCAAAAUCACACAAUCAAAGACGAGGAAAUUGAGCCCUAAUCGUCGAUCCGUGCCUGCUCGCAGCGAAGUUGAGGAUCUCUCGGUCCUCAGCGGCGACAUGGAGGAUGCGGGCUCGUAUGCCUCGGCGACGGAGGAGAGCAACGUCAGCCGGAACCCCAUCGACAUUGAGAUCGAUCGGACCGGCAACCCUCGCCGUCGCCGCCCGGCGAGCCCUCUAAUCCCGGCGACUGAUAGCAAAGCCAGCUACCAAGACCCCGCCAUGAGUGAGAUUUCAGCCAUCCCGGCCGACAGUUUUCUUGACGGGUCCGGACCGGCCACGUCAUUUGGAAUGUCCGAGGCCAAGAGUACCAGGAGCAGGAGCCCUUCCCGCACAAGCGACUAUCUCGUCGGCGCUGCGGCGGGGCUGGGAGCUGCUGCCGCCGCCGAUAAGCUCCGGAGUAAGAGCCGCGAGAGUCGUGCGGGCCGUGAGAAUCGUGAGGACCGCGAGCGAGACAGGAUUUCGGUAUCCAAGACCCGAGACAAGGACAGAGACAGGGACCGCAAGCACAGGUCGAGCAAAAGCCGGACGAGUAGCGUGUCCAAAGACGAGAAGUAUUCUGAGCGCGCAAAGUCACCACGGAGAAGAUCCAAGGGGCAUAGCGAGUCACUCAUUUCAGGAGUAGAUUCUAGCGUGGUUUCCGCCUUCGCACCAAGUCAUCGGUCUAUGGACCAACACUCCAUCCGGUCCGGCGCUUCGAAGGCGUCGUCGAUCAAUAACCCCAAACUACUUGAGACGGUGGAGGACGCCAUUCGCCGCCUCAUCCUCCCAGAGCUCAACGCGUUGAAGAGGGAACAGAGCCGGCGCGGGACUCGCCGCGACUCGACCACAUCCAGCGCAACCACAGCCUCGAGGGAUGAGUUCGCGAACGAUAGGCGACGGUCUGGAGCCAUUGAUAAGAAUAUUGUCACGCCGCGCGACAGCAUGAGGAGCAAGGAGAGCCGAGAUCGCGAGGCCCGCAAUGACUUUGACGACAGCAGCGCCCUCAGCCACGAUUCUAUUGACGACCCUGACCCGGACGACACCCCGGGGCGCAGCACAGACCGCGUUAAAGCUGCCGCAGCCGCCGGUGCUGCCAUGGGUGCGGCCGCUAUCGCUGCUCAAGAGAUACUACAAUCACCUUCCGACGACAAACAACGCUCCAGGCGACGUCGCAGAGCUGAGAUGCGGGGUCGCGGCUCCGAUCAUGUUUUGGAGGAUGAGGAAUCGGAACUUGGGCCGCCGGCUCCGCCGAUGCCGCUGAUGAGCGACAUUCAGGCUUCUGACGUGACGAGGGCAUCUAUCCUAACUGCCGACACCGACCGGCCACAUUCCGCAAGCGAAGAGCUCACACCCGGCCGUGAAAUACCCCAAGAUCAGCUCUCUUCAUCAUCAACCCCAACUCCCACCAGAACACCAAUCACCCUGCAGUCAUUGGGGACUCAGCACGCUAAUAUUUCUCACGGGGAUCUUAAGACGUUGCCCCAUCAACGAACCGGACAAUGGGAUGAAUUCAUCAUUGAUGACAACGGGAAGCGGGUGCCUUCACGUGCCUCCAAACAUUACCAGGAAGACGAGGAGGAGGCCGAGGACCCCGAUUCCGCUCCGGCAUAUGCCCCCGACAGCCCCUACGACUAUUACAGCACCCAGGAUGUGCCUCCCCCGCUGAAGUACGUACCAUACCAGCCGGAACGGCGCGGCCUGAGCCCGAUCCCAAGUAUUUCUGGUUACACGGAGACUGGAAGCGAGAUUCCGCACCAAGAGUCGCGGGCUUCACACCGGACGGCCGAUUCUAUCUUAUCGACCGGGAGAUCUCUGCGACAGGACGGGCCGACAGACCGUGGGAUCGACGACGACCGGAGUGUCAGAAGCUCGGGUAUAAACCAGGACAAUGGCGUGAGCCCAAUGGGCAGCGAACUUGACGGCGUCCCGUCUGGGGACGCUGUCCGUGCCGUGGGCUUUAACCCUGAUUUCGUUCACCCCGCCGGUAUCGAAUCCAACGUCGCUUCUCUCGUCGACGGGUCGAUGCUUGAGGGCUCCGCCUUGACGGGCUCCUCUAGUGCGGUCGGCAACCAGCUGUACAACGGACGCCAGUCGAUGGCGACGCUCGACGAGGAGAUGUCUCGCGAUCCGGGCACCCCGACCAAGCGCUCUGUGGGAAGUCACCGCGACUACGCAGAAGAGCGGGGGAAUACUCCCGCGUCUGGGAGCCACCGGUCGCGCGAGUUUGUCGAGUAUGAACUCGACGAGUAUGGCCAGAAGGUGCCUCAGACCACCUACCGACAGUCGCCGACCAUGUCGGAGGCGGCAAUCACCAGCGCAGCGGUCGGUGCCGCUGCCGCCGUUCUCCGGGCACAGAAUGCCAAGGGACAACAGGUCAUUGCAGAUGACGAGAUCGACUUCCAAGGGGCGGGUGUUCAAAGGAACAAGUCGUUCAAGGAGCGCACACAAAACGGGCCGCGCCCGGGCAUCGACACUGCCAGUGCCGAGAGACUAGUCCACGGCGAGGAUCAGCAGCAGCCCAAGCUGGGUUUCAGCGGCCUGCCGGAUCUUAAUGACCCGAUGCCGGAAAUUGGCUGGCAAGAAGAGGAUGACCUGCUCACUAACCCGUCGCUUCUCGGCGGCGAGGGAGGUCGCGAUGAAGAGGAACAUUGGGCUGGCGACGCCACACCCCGGCAAUACCCCAAGCACCAUCUCGACGAUAUUGAGUACCAGGGCCUGGACGGCGGCCACGCUUCACCGGCAUUGCCUCAACAGAGAAGCGGGCAUGACCUGGGUAUGGCCGGUGCCGCUGCGGCGGUGGGUGCGGCAGCAGGUAUGGCGGCGGCCCAGAGCCACAGCCGUCAAGCGAGCCAGGAGCAUGAUGAGUGGUACAGGACGUCCGAGGACAAGAAGCGCGAUACCCUCGUCACCAACCCCUACGAGGGAUCCAGCCCUAUCGCAAACAUUCCCGGUCUUAACACCAAUCUACUUCCAGGCUUCGAUAACGCGGGCUUUGGCGACCUCUACGGCACCCGUAGCCCGAUGGGCCACAAGGUGGAUGAGGGCUAUAUCUCGCAGGGCCCCAACAAGACGCCUGACCUCCAGGGCGGUGUGAAGGGCAAGGGCGUGGACUUUGACGUUGCCCCGGGCGCUGGCGGCCCGAGCGUUGAGGAUCCGUUCUACAACACUCCGAAACACACCCGGCACCUCAGUGGCAUGUCCCAAGGAAUGGGCUCCCCGAUGUAUGAUGCCGCUACUGGGACUGGCAUUGAGGGGAUCGAGUCUACGGACAUCAUUGCCUUGAUGCAGCACUUGAUGGUUCGUGAUGCUCAGCGCAGCGCACGCGACACGGAGAUUCUGGUGACUCUGGUCCGUUCCGCGACCGAGAUGCGCAAUAACUUUGAGGAAGUCAAGCGGCUGCUCGCCGACACGGAGGACGUUAUCAUUACCGAGGUCAAGGAGAAUACCGAUAAGUCAGUCCAGCGCGCCAUCAAUGGUCCGCGGCCGUACCCCGGCAGCGUCGCGCGCUCGAUCCAGAACGUCUCGCAAGCGCCCACGAUUAACGGUGAUGACAUUAACAACAAGAGGAGGAGCAUUUUCCGUCGUGCGCUGAAGGGUCUAAGUGCUAAGGGGACCAACGACCUCGGCAGGAUCGAGGACAUGCUCAUGCAGCUUCUUACUGAAGUCGACGUUCUCAAGACGCAGACCGCGCCGGGCAUCCAGGGAAACCAGAGCACCCAUGGCGAGCAAUUAUACGACCACAUGGAGCCCGAUGUUCAGAGUGAACAGGACCACGGCUAUGAGCCCGAGGGCAUGGCCGGCACGUCAACAACGAGCCAUGCUUCGCAGUCUGGCUAUCUCUCGAUUCAGUCGCGUGGCACGUCGGUCAAACCCGCAUACGACCGCAAGGUCUCGGCGCACAGGAUAAGCACCGUGCCCGAAGACAAUGAGGAGGAAUAUGACCACGGGCGGAGGGAUGACGAGCAACAGUUGAGGACGCCUGUCCAGGAUCAACGCGGCAACUCAGUGCCGUUGGCCACCCCACCCGGUCCUGCGGCGCAAGCACAGACGUCGGUGAGCAACGAAAACACUCCCCGAACGGAAGAAAGUGGCAAGAAGAAGUCGAGAUCUAGUUGGUUCCGCAUCCCCAAGAUCUCGCGGUGGUCGGAAACGACAGCGUCAAGCGGUGUGCAGACAGAGUCUCGCCACAGCAAGCAAUCCAGCAAGGACGAGAACGCCCAGUUCCCCACCGGGCCGUCCCGCUCGGGGUCCUUGGACCACUACCAAGACAACCAAGACAACUACCAGUUCGCCCCUCCCCAGGCCGUCGAGACUGACAAGCUACAUUCUGGGUUCUCGGAGACGGACCUUCCCCAGGGAUACCGCGAGGAUCAUGACGCACAGAUGUACGGGCAGAUGUCUUCCCCGUCGCAGGCCGACGCCAACUGGGUGACCAUGGGCAUGACGCCCGAGGAUCCCAAGUAUAAGGCGCACCGCGACUCGCUGAACCUCGUGCACCCGCAACCGCGCCAGGGCCAAACCGAGCGCUUCAAGGCCGCGCUCGAGUCGCAAGCCCUCGGCUUCGACUCCUUUAGCCCUAAAUCGGCCGACUGGGCCGGCUCCGUCACCAGCCUGAACCGCUAUGGCCAGCAGCACCAGCACGCCGACAACUACGGCUCCGCCGGAGGUGACCAACACCACCACCAGCAACACUGGACCUCCUCCUCCCCGGCCACAGCCGGGAUGACAGCCACAUCCGGCGGCGCCCCGCCGCCCCGGCCGCCCAAGGAGGCCCUCGACAGCGACCUGCCGCCGUCCAGCCCCUGCCAGCUGACGCGCAGCGCGGCGGCCACGCCGCCGCAGAACAAGCGGCUCAGCAAGCUGCAGAAGAAGCAGGGCAGCCCGCUGCCGCACCACAGCGUGGAGAGCGGGUACGGCACCAUGACGCACGGCGUGCCGACGGCCAGCUACAUCAGCCAGAGCCACCACUCCCACCACAGCGGCAGCGGCAGCCACCACAGCGCCAGCAGCAGCACCCGCGAGGCCAACGGCGGCGCCAGCAGCCCCCGCCUCGAGAACCGCAACCUGAGCGGCGCCCUGCUGUCGGCGCCCGCCGGCGGUGUGAGCAGGCGGCCUAGUGGGCCGCGGCCGAUGACUCCGACGGGGUCGGGGUCUAGGGCCAGUAUGAGUGGGAGUGGUGGGUUGGGGGAGGAGAGGGAUCGCCGGAGAGAUACCUUUGGCUCGCAAGACACCGAGACUUUCUAAGUGUGGAGGGUAAAGGAAAAAAGAAGAAAAUGAAAAGAGAAAUUGCGCGGUGCAAGUGAAACG